AUGAAAUACCUUUUAAUCACCGGGGGUGUGAUUAGCGGUAUCGGCAAAGGAAUCAUAUCUAGCAGCAUUGGAACUAUAUUGAAGGCCUAUGGCUGGAACGUUACUUGUAUCAAAAUUGACCCAUAUCUAAACAUCGAUGCCGGAACCUUUUCACCUUAUGAGCACGGCGAGGUCUACGUGUUGGAUGAUGGAAGUGAAGUUGACCUUGACCUCGGAAACUACGAACGUUUUCUUGAUGUUACCUUGACAAAGGACAAUAAUAUAACCACCGGAAAAAUUUAUCAACGAGUAAUGGAGAGAGAGCGCAGAGGAGAUUAUCUGGGCAAAACGGUUCAGGUGGUUCCCCACAUCACUGAUGCUAUCAUGCAAUGGGUGACCGAUGUUUCUGUAAUUCCCGUGAACGACAAUGGCACAGUACCAGAGGUUUGCAUUAUAGAGCUGGGCGGAACAAUCGGCGAUAUAGAGUCGAUGCCUUUUGUAGAAGCCUUUCGGCAGAUGCUGUUCCGCGUUGGCAACACAAACUUUUGCUGUGCUCACGUGAGCCUUGUGCCCCAGCUCUCCAGCGUCGGGGAACCUAAAACAAAGCCAACACAGGUAGGUGAGAUAAAGCGUCACUUUUUCGUUAGUCUUUACUGCAUACUUAUUGGGUCUCAGAUUUCCUAA